CUUAAACUGAAUGACGUGUAACACAAUCGUGCUUUGCAUCAAAAUUUUUCGACCAGACUUGUGUAAAAUAUGCAUGUUUGUUCGAACGUAGUGUUUCCUGCAGCUCGCCUUUUAAUCUAAGAAAAAUGCAUCAGGAGAUUUAUCUUUAUCUUGCGAAAGUAAUUUUGCCAAGCUUCUGAAAGUUGUGUGCGGGUAAACUAAUGGAAGGUGCGAGACCAUUUUGAAAUAUUUAGUUGGUAGCGUCUAAACGUCGGAGUUAUUUAAUUAUUGCCGGUUCUGGCUAAAUGACAAAAUUAGGUUUGUGAAGGAAGGACGUCGUUAUACCCAUAUUGUUGCCUAUCACGCUACAAUUUAAAAGUUUUAUUCGGCUUUGUUGCAGUAAAAUUUCUACGAAGUAAUCAUCACACAUAUUUGAAUUCAAAGUUCAUUGUAAUUCUGAUUACUGGAAUUUAAAUCAUGACCUAAUUUACAAAUAAAAUAAACGCUCUCAUUGGAAAACAAUAUCAAUGAGAAUAAUGCAAAAACAUCAAGCUUAGUCGGGUUGUGUUCUUUCCAAAUACAGCAAUGAAGCAUCCGCUCUUGUUGUGCGUCCUUGGAGCGGUGAUAAGCACUGUGUUCUCUGCCGAACCACCGGCGUGUGACUACGAACACGACAUUAGGACCUAUUUCUGCAAACGCAUCCGAGACGUGUUUCCCAACAUUUUCUACGGAAACUACCACCUGCAAUGUGAGCAGUGCAACAUCCGGAUUUUUACCAACAAGACCUUCCCUUUCUCCAACAGUCUAGUCUCAUUCAACGUUUCCGAAAGUGCAAUCAGAGUAAUCACUUCUAGGGCCUUCUCCUCCUUAUCAAACAUACAAUACCUUUAUUUACAAAACAACAUUAUCGAAGACAUUGAGCCGGGGGCUUUCGCCGGUCUCCGCCAAGUCUACGAAGUCCAUUUAGAAAAUAACAAUCUGGGGAAAAUCGUGCCGGGGUUUUUGGACGAUUUGGAAGCGAACACCGUUGAUUUGAAGAACAACAAGAUCAAGCACUUGCCAAGUGGGGUGUUUGGAGGCUCUUUGGGAGUCCUCAUUCUUGACUUGUCGAAGAACCGCAUCAAGACUAUCGAACCGGACGCAUUUGCGGGUUUGGAGAGCUUGGAAGUGUUGAAUUUGGAAAACAAUGAGCUUUGUCAUUUGACUUGUGGCGUUUUUAAACACCUCUCGACCCUGAGACAGCUGAACUUGGCUGAUAAUAAGUUGUCCAAGUUUACGGUUGGGACUUUUUCGGGCUUGACACACUUAACGAGCUUGAAUUUGGCGAAUAACAGCAUUUCUGCCUUCGACGGCAAUAUUCUAAUACCGUUCAACCAUUUAUCUAAGUUGGAUUUGAGCCGAAACGGAAUUUACUAUUUCGAUGCUAACUCUGUCCAUGUGAACGUGCCGACAUUAAGGGUUUUACGAAUCGACGAUAAUCUGCUGUCGUGCAUUCACUUGAUCAACGUCAUUCAAUAUUUCAAGAAGGUGCACGUGGAGGUUGUUAACACGGUUGGGCGGUAUCACGUCCAGAACGUCAUCGGGAUCGCCUGCACGGAGAUUAUCCUCAACCAUUCGGUGGACUUUGAGCAGUUCCUGAAAGUGGCCGAGGAGGACACCAAGAAAUCUAUUUCGUACUGUUAGAAAAUAAAAAAUGGUUAGCACAAA